GUCAAUCUCGUCAUCAGUGGAUUAUCAACAGGUCCAGAGGUGUCGGUGUUUAUGAUGUAACGUCCUCGGAGAGCUGCAGGUCAACAACUCUGCUUUUAAAGAGAAAAAGAAAACAGCCUGAAGGUUAACGUGCACAACAAACACUUAGUUUAGGGAUGAAAGGAUUUGUUGUUCUGCAACUUUUAGCUUUAAUCUCUUGUUUCUAAUAUGAUCGGCUCUUAUCUUGUUCGCUCAAAACACGUCAUUUUAAUGUUAUUAACAGCUUGUAACCCUGUUUUAUUUUUUAAAUAUCUGUCAGUGGAGUGCAGUUAAUGAGGUUUGUAGGCGUCCGGGUGCAGCAGGUGUUCUCCGGCUCUACAGUAGCUUUGUUAUCCUCAUUAUUAUCGUUUGUCAUUGGUGUCAUUAGCUCCCCGAGGGUCAGCGGCUCCCACUGGACCUGCACAGUAAACACCACACUCGGGUAAACUGAGUCUGUACAGCGUGUGUGUUUGUGCUUUACAGUGGGAACGAUGCCGCUGAAACUGAAACACUGAACAUUUACACUUUCAUCGGCUCCCACACCCAAAUAAUGGGGGCAGGGUUAGGUACAGUGUGUUCUGGACAUUUACCUUUAGUUUACCUACCAAAUCUGUUAAAUAUUCUGCAUGCCAAUGAAAAAAGAUCCAUAAGUUUAAUUUUUACCAGGUCUGCCACCAGGAUGAAGUGAUGCACUAUUAUAAAGACCACAUUUUGCUUGUCAAGAAUCUUUAAUAUAAGCUUUUAAAUCUGCUGUAAUGCAGUUUGUAAUGCGAUGAGUAUUCCUUUACUGGUUUAAGCUGACUUACAAAUUAUUGCGUAAGCUUACUGGCAAUUAAAAAGUUAAAAUUGGAUUCUUUUCUGAGCAGAAAACUUUCUUGCCAAGAUCAAUUUUCUUUUUAUGCAAAAUAAAUAAGAACAUUUUCCCAGUAACGAGGAUUCUUUAACUUUCUUGAGAAGAUUUUUUGCAGUGUAUGGGGGAACUUGUUUUUAAUAAAAUGAAUGAAACUUGUUAAACUAUACUUGAUAAACGGCUUUAAAUUAACUUAGACUACAAUUUUAUACGAUUAUACAUUAGAGUAUAUGCUACUGAAAAGAGCCUUCCGCUAAGCUAACACAUGAACGUAAUGCCGAGUCAACAAAUUGCUAAUUCAUUUAGCUGCUUAUCAAUAGUUAAACAUUAAAAACCGCAAGUUUUCUGAUAUUUUUAUGUUUUAAGUACAAAGUGGUAAAAAACAGACUAAAAAUUAUCUAAAUAUCAACAAGCGCUCUUGAUCUUAUUUGUGGUCAUGUAGUGAAGGCUAACUGUAUGCUAUCUCUAAGCUAAACAGCAAGUGUUACGUUUUGGCUAGUUUUAUUAACAGUCUAGUUUUUUAAAAGAAAAUUAAAGUCAAACUCAUUCUAUGAUAAAUUUUUGGUGACAGUUUAUGUCAGAGCAAUAUAUUAUUUCCACAACUUGUGUCUUCACAUUCGCACAAAUGUCACAAUCUGAGUAGCAUUAAAUUCAGAAUUAAUUAUUGCAGAGAAUUUUGUUUACUCGGAGUUAAGUAAAUUAAAAAGGUUUUUGUCUGAAUGAUUACAACUAUUUUUUUGUUAAACAAAGAGAACAUCUAUUCACAAAUGUGGGUGUCAGAACAUAAAUACCUUUAUUUAUAUAUGAGAAAUAGUCAUCUAUAAUGAUAUUCAGGGAGAACCACUGAGAAAAAAGAGGGGUAAACAACAAAAUAGAUUAAAACAGUAAGAAUGUAAAUUUGAAACCUGAAAAUGCCAAAAUGUAACUAUAUAUCAGUAUAAUUGGGAAUAUUUUUUGGGACAGGAGAGAAUAAAUCAGUGUUGUGAUUUGGAUUCAUGCCAUAAAUCUAGUUUUACACAAGUUGAUCACAGUGUUCCAGAAGCAACAGGUCAUGUGGGAGGAACGGUUGUCCUGGAGUGAAGUCUCAGAGGAUAAGACUGGAGAGCAGCUGAGGGAGGGAAGAUCCCACAGAAACAGGAGUAGCAGGAGAAGAAGACAACAGACAGUGGUGUCCGAGUGGAGACGAUGGCGGAGCAUCUGCAGGAUGUCCUGAGAGGACAUGCGCAUGGAGCCGAGAUGAUGAAGACCAGCUCCAACAUGAUCCGAGUCUUCAUCAGCUCCACGUUCACAGAUAUGAGCAGUGAGAGGAAAGCUCUGCUGGAGAAAGCGUACCCAGAAGUCCAGUCUUUCUGUCGCAGUCUGGGGCUCGUGUUUGAGGUGGUGGAUCUACGUUGGGGAAUUCGAAACAUCACUUCUGGUGAUCACAAGUCCUGUGAUAUCUUUCUGCAGGAGAUGGAGAGGUGUAAGAGGAUUUCAGCUGGUCCAUCUUUCGCUGCCCUGCUUGGGAACCGUUAUGGCCACCGGGCUCUUCCUUGUCUCAUCCCAGAGAAACAAUUUGAAGUUCUUAUGUCCAAACUCUCCAAAGACCCUGAAGGCAUCAAACAGCUAAAUCAGUGGUUCUUAAAGGACAACAAUGCUGUUCCGCCCACCUACGUCCUUCAACCUAUCACAGCUCACUUCCCCCACUACAGUGACCUUCGACCUGAGAGUAGGCCUCAGCAUGACAACAACGUCCUGUCCUGGCGUUUCACAGAGACUCAGCUGUUGCAGCUCCUACGAUCAGCUGCCACCACCGCUGAGGGAGAAGGGGACAUCACAGCGGAGCAGAAACAGCACUUCUUCUCAUCGGUCACAGAGUGGGAAAUUGAACAGGGUUUGUGGAAAGAUGACAGUGAAAACUCAGCACUGCUCUUCAUCCGAGAGAUUCCCCGCCAGAGGUUGAGGGAUGGUCCCAAACGGUUCGCUAGGUUCAUGGAUGUAACUGCUGAUGGUCUGCUGGAUGCAGAAGCUCAAGGACUCCUCACUGACCUCAAGUCUCGACUCUAUACUGCAUCAAAGAAGAUCCUCAACCUACACUGUGUGGAGCUCAGCAAGGGGAGCGUUGACCCAAAACGCAAAGAGCACGCUCAGUACCUGGAUAGUGUCUGUGAGCAGUUUGUGUCACAGAUGGAGGCUCGGAUCACAGCUGUGGUUGAUUCUCCUGGUGAGGGCAGGCGGCGGAAGAUCUGGGGAAGUACUGAGGUAACUGAGCAAACAUCAGACUGGGUGAUUGAAGAGGUUAGACAGCAUAUUGCCAUGACUGCAGAGCUGAGCAAGGGUCUCCAUGGCAGAGAGAAUAUUUUGGGUAAGCUCUGCCUCGCCAUGUGGGAGUCCACCAAUGUCCGACAUGGCCCGCUGGUGGUCCAUGGGGCUGCUGGGAUGGGGAAGACGGCUCUGCUGUGCAAACUUGCACAAGAAAUGCAGAGAGUCCUGGAGGCCAGAUCAUUGGUGGUCAUCAGAGUCCUUUCAGCUCGUCAUCCUCAAAGACCUGACAUUGAUUAUGUGCUCCACAGCGUCUGCAUUCAGGUUUGUCUAGCAUGUGGUCUGUCUCCACCCUCGCCAUUAACGGCUGGCACCCACGUGGAGCUGCUCAAGUUCUUCAGGAACAUCCUGACCCAGGUCUCCCAGCAUGGGAACACUUUGCUCCUCAUCCUGGAUGCCCUCGAUCAGCUCUCAGACCAGCAUCAUGCUCACAGACUCCACUGGCUCCCUCUUGACCUCCCACCCAACAUACACCUGGUUGUUUCUAUGGAUUCGAGCAGUGAGGUGUUUGCUAACAUGCGGCUAAAGGUGGAGACUUUGGAGAGCUUCUUCGAGGUGGAGCGUUUAUCGCGUGAGGAAGGGAAACACAUUGUGGAGUCAAACAUGAGAGCUUGGGAGCGAACGCUAACCCCUGAGCAGAGCAAUGCUGUGCUGCAGAGCUUUGAGUCGACUGGCUGUCCUCUCCACCUCAAACUGAUUCUGUAUGCUGCCAAACAAUGGACCUCCUUCACCCCGCCCACCGAAUUACACCUGGGUGCAAGCAAAAAGGAAAUGAUGACCCAGCUUUUCCUGACGCUGGAGGAGAAACAUGGGAAGGCACUGGUGGCUGGGGCCUUAGGAUACCUUGCACUUGCACGGGAAGGGCUGCUGGAGGCUGAGCUGCAUGAUGUCAUGUCGUUGGAUGACGAUGUCAUCAGUGAGGUGUACCGGUACUCCCUCCCUCCGACACCCUCAUUGAUCCGGCUACCGCCCUUCCUGUGGGCCAGACUCAGACGGGACCUGGAGGACAUGCUGGAGGAGCGGUGGACGGCUGGGCUCGUCUUCAUUGCCUUCAACAACCGGCAUCUGGUGGAGGAAAUUUCAUCUCGCUAUUUGACAUCCGAGCGGCAGGGGCGGAGCCACAGGAUCAUGGCGGAAUACUUUCUGGGCCGUUGGUCAGGGAAACUGAAGCCUGCAGCUCUGCCUGGUCUGUCGCUGCUCCUCUCAGACAGAAAGGUCCCGCCCCAGCCACUGUGGUUCUCUCCAGGGUUGGCUAACGUUCGGAAGCUUAUCGAGCUGCCCUAUCACCUGCUGCAUGCCGGGCUGUGGGAGGAGCUACGGCAGGAGGUUAUUGGUAGUGCUGAGUGGCUGUACUGUAAGAGCAGGGUCUGUGGGGUGUCCAGUGUGAUCCAGGACCUGGACCAGAGCUCCCAGUACAUGGACUGCACUGAGACCAGACUGCUCAGAGACACUCUGGUCCUCAUCAAACCCAGCCUGGACUUCUUGGACAAUCACAUGGACAUGUCUCUGUUCUACACCGAGCUGAUGGCUCGACUCUGCUCCCUGGCCCCACCCUUCCCCGCUGUGAUUGGCCGGCUGUGCACGCAGUGUGAGGAAUGGCUACUGACGUGUCCUGAGCCCAUCCUCGUCCCGAAGUGCAGUUUCCUGCAGCAGCCAGGGGGGGCGCUGCAGCACACACUGAGCGGACUGGAGGGAGGUGUCCUCUGUCUGGAUGUCAGUUUGGAGGCGGAGCUUCUGGUGGCAGGUUCAGAUGAAGGCGUGGUGGCAGUGUGGAGCCUCGUUGACCAGCAGCUGGUCCACACUCUGCUGGGACACACGGGCUCAGUCCUGCUCGUUAAAGUGACUGACAGCUCGUCUUCCUGCCUCUCAUUGGCUGCUGACGGCUGCCUGAGGAGGUGGAGCCUCAUUAACGGCCAGCAGCUGCUCUGCAUCCAGGAGGCGGUGCCUGCUGACUCCUCCCCUUCAUCAGUGCACCUGUGUGAUCAGAAACAGCUGCUCUGGGUUCACAGCAGCUCACAGGUGAACGUGUGGAAUCUGGAUGGCUGUGAGCUCCUCAGCAGCAGCAUGAGUCAGAAAGCCUCUGUGUUUCUUGGAGUUCUGGAUGAUUCGGUCUUUUCUCUCUCUGACUCUGGUCUGGUAACAAUUUCCCAUCCUGUCAGCAAGGCUCCGGCUGUGGAGACUCGGCUGGAAAACUCACAGACGUCUUUGACUCCGGUCAAAUUUGUUGUGUCACCAAAACGGGGGAAGAUGAUUGUGGUGACGACAGAAGGUUUUCUUUAUCAGAUUUCCAGGUCAGGUGGAAUCUCAGCAGUGGAGUUUCCUCUGGUUCCUUCUUUACUUUCUGUGACUGAAGAUGAAAAAAUACUGAUAGCAGCCGCCGAGCGAACGCUGAGCCUCUUCAACCUCGACAGAGACGCUGUGGACAAGUUCCUCGACCUCCAACAUGAAGACACCGUUCUGUCCGCCUGCAUGUCUUCAGACGGGAGGACGCUCGCCUCUGGAGCUGCUGACCAACUCAUACGGAUGUGGUCAGUGACCACGGGCGCGCUGCUGGACACUCUGUGUGGUUCAGACGCUCCCGUCACCUCCGUGCUUCUCUAUAAAGGUUCCGUGGUUUCGGCCUCGGCCGCUGCUGCUUCUGUUCACGUGUGGAGCCUGAAAUACGACGGCCAGCACAAACCCACCGCACGCGUCCCGUCAGGCUGCGCUCACGUCGCCAUCACCAAAGACGCCGAGCGCGUUUUCUUCGUCCGACACCCGAGUCAGACAGAGGUCAUCAGCUGGAACAACAGCAAAGAAUAUUGUGCCUCUGCAGGUUCUGUGUGUGAUCGUUUGGCCGUGUCUGCUGAAGUCUGCUGUCUGGAACUGGCUCAGCAGAAGCGUUUACUGCUCUGUGGUCUGACCACCGGCACCGUCCUAAUCUACCCGCUGGCUCUGCCUCAGGAGACGCUGUGCAUCCCGCCCUCAGAGAGUCUGAGCCGGGUCCUGAGCCUGGCCGUCAGCUCGCAGGAGAAACACGUGGCCGUGGCGUACGAGGACUCGGUGUGUUUAUUCGAGAUCACGGCCAGAGACAGUUUCCCCUCGGUGGACGGUCCACUGCAGAGGUUCCGGCUGUCCCUCCUCCACGCCCCGCUGUCCUCCAUGGCGCUGCUGUCCGACCGCAGGCUGCUGUACGGCACCAGCUGUGGGGAGGUGAGACUCUACGACUUCAGCAGCGGCAGAAGCUCCGACCUGGAGCCUCAUCGCAGCAGAGUGACCUGCGUGACGGUCAGUAACUGGGGGAAACACGCUCUGGUGGGAUCAGAGGACGCCGUGCAGAGACUGUGGGCCCUGAACCCACCGACCCUGGACCACAUCAUGGAGUACAAGGGCUUUUUCUUCGAGGGCGUCCUCUGUGCUGCGUUCUCUGACAGCGACCAGUUCGUUUUCACUGGAUCUCAGGACAGAACCGUCAAAGUGUGGGACGUCGCCAAAGGAAACCUCCUCUACGUUCAGUACGUGUACUCGCCCGUCGUCAGGAUGGUGACCUUCAGGAACGGCUUCCUGGCGUUGUCUCGGCACGGCGCAGUCAUCAGAGAAGUCUUCCGCUGUCCGGAGCACGUCAGUGCGGACUACAACCCUCUGAGGAACGUUAAGGCCCAGUACCGCGUCACGUCCAGGGAGAAGAGCGGGAACAAGAGCGGAGACAACCAGGAGAUAGCGUCGGCGUGCGACCUGCAGGACUUCAACCCGGCCCAGUUCAACCUGAACCUCAUCAACAUGAUGAGAGACAAACCCUCACCCACCUGCACCGUCCUGUAGGACAAAGACGACCAGGAUCACAAGACCACAGGCUGGCGACACCACAUUCCACUAAGUGUUCCAGAAUAAUCAGGUUUUAAAUGAUGCAUUCAUAUAUGAUGCAUCAUUUUUUAUUAUAUAGAACUAAUGUUAAUGUGCUUUUAUGAAAAAGGUUUUAAUAAAAGUUUCUCUUGCUUUGAGACAAAAAAGACAAAAGAUGUCCACAUAGGAUUGAAAGUGAAAUAUGUUUGUUUUAAAGUUUGAACAAAGAAAAAUAAA